CACAGCUGCUGGUUCAUAUCGAUAUCUAAGCGUAAUGUCAUAAAUCGCUAUCAGUUAGCCCUGGUAGUCAACCCUAUCCACUAUAUAAAGGUUGCCUCUUAACCCAAUCAGCACUCAGAAGCAGUUAAGCAGCUCAAGCUAAAGACAACAUGGAUUUCAACACCGCCGCCGAGAAAGCCAAGAACUUCACCAAGACCCCAACGAACGAUGAGUUCUUGGAGUUCUACGGUCUCUUCAAGCAGGCCACAGUUGGUGACAACAACACCGCUGAGCCCGGUGCAUUGGACCUGAAGGGCAAGGCUAAGUGGAGCGCAUGGAGCAAGCACAAGGGUCUGUCCCAGGAUGCCGCCAAGGCUGCCUACAUUGCCACCUACGAGAAGUACGCGCCCAAAUACGCUUAAAUCUGUAGAAAGCUGUAUAUCUUAUCCAAAAUAAAUGACCUCAAGUUGAACAAAAAA